AGCGAGCACGCUGCGCGCCGGCCGCCUGGCCAUUUCCCAUCGGCCAUUUCCGUCGCCGCGUCCCGGUUUCGAAAAGAGUUUCGUCCCCAAUCUCUUCCCCCUCUCUCGGACCCGUCGCGCCGCCGGCGAGAGAGAGAUCCCCGCCGAAAUUCCGGGAGAGACCCCCGCCGCGAUGCCGAGAAGGUGGCAGGUCUGGGGCCGGCCCGACGGCAGCCAAGUCUGGAUCCCCGCCCCCGACCCCGACGCGCCGCCACCGCCGCCCGCCGCGGCCCCGCCUCCUCCGCCGGGGCGCGCGGCGGGGACAGCCGCCGCUUCACUCGAGGACGCGCCGGUCAAAGGCCGGGGCGCUGCUGACGGAUGCCGCGUCGAGUCCAUGGCCGACCUCCUCGUCCAAGCUCGGAACAAGCUACUCGAAGGUGAUGGGAUGGCCGGAGCAACCGUCGAUGCUGGAAAAGGUGAGCUGUUCUGCACUGCAUCGGGAAGACCGGUGUCUGUCAGUGAGAGAGCUAUAAGGAGGGCCAGGGCGUUGGUCGGGGAGGAGGUGGAGAAGGCUGGCAUUAAGAGAAAGCAAUCAUUUGGCGAUGUAUCUGAUGUAGAGGGCGAAUUGAGAGAAAUGGACGCCCCAUUUAGAGGAAAUUUAGGUGGAGUGCAUAACACCGCCAUGCCCCCAUUGUUCCAAACUGGAUCAGGAAAAGCGGUCUUGCCGGGCAGGAACUCAAUCCAGAAGGCAAGAGCUAUUUUAGAAGAUGUUGAUAGUGCUGCUGGUGCCGUACAACCAAUGUUCCGUACUGGAAUGGGUAGGCCGGUUCCUGUGAACCGGACCUUUAUUGAUAAGGCAAGAGCUGUUUUGGAGGGACAAACAGCUGCAGAACAAGGCCAUUCUGAUGAGAGUGUGGACGGCAUGGAACAGUUUCCAUUGUUCCAAACUGGCUCAGGAAGAGUUGUAUCAGUCAGUUCUGCAUCUGUUCAGAAAGCUAAGUCUGUGUUGAAGGAUAAUAAUACAAGCGAGGGCAGACCAGUCACGAUCAGUGAAAGAUCCAUUGAGAGAUCUAGAGCUGCGGCGAAUGAGGGAGAUGCAGAAAAGAGCGGACAUUGGGAUACUGGUUGCCAGUUCCCAAUGUUCCAAACAGGAUUAGGGAAGCCUGUUGCUGCGAGCUGGAGCUCGGUUCAGAAGGCAAGCGCAGUAUUGGGGGAAGAAAAAACUAAAACAACUGAUUCAGGACACGGAGAUAGCAGUGUUUGUGCCACAACUCUUCAAAGUGAAACACCAAGGUCUGUUUUGAUGAGUAGCAGUUUGAUCAUGACUGAUAGAAGUGUUACACCGAAUGGAGAUAGCGCAAUGCAAGUCACUCGAAUAGAGAAAAGCCAAGAGGGUGGCAACCACUUGCCCUUGUUUCAAACUGGGUUAGGGAGGCCAAUUGCUAUAAGUAAGAGCUCAGUUAAGAGGGCAACUGCAGUUCUGGAGCCAAGGAAUAUUGCAAAGGAAUUGGAAGAUGAAGCUCAUUUAGAUGGUGGCCAUGACACUCCCAUGUUCAAAACUGGAUUAGGAAGGUCUAUCUUAGCAAGUGAUGAAUUGUGUAUCUUAGAGGCUGAAGAAGCAGUCAAAAGUGUAAACAAUUACGACGGAGAAGCCUUUGUUGAAGAGGCAGCGUUCCAAGCUGGAAUACAAAAGUUUGUACCCCAAAAUAGAAGUUCAAGUCAUAAGGCCAGUAUGCUUUUGGAGCAACGAAACUUCACGGAGAAAGGAUACGAAGACUGUGGAGGUCAACUACCCAUGUUUCGAACCGGAUCUGGAAAGUCAGUCUUGAUUAGUGAAAGCUCAAUGCAGAAAGCAAAGGCUGUUCUGGAGGAAGAAGUCAAAAUAAACAGAGAUAAUCAUAAUCUCCUUAACUUGGACAAAAAUAUUCCUGUCUUUGCUUCACCUCUCAAGACAAGCUGUGCAAGAACAGUUAUUAUAUCUUCAGCUGGUGUAUCUCGAGCUGCUACUUUGUUGGGCUUGGAGGAGAAUACCCUUUCAACACAAUUUUUUGGACAUGUGGGCGAUAAGCUUGGCACAAAAAUAAAUUUUGAACGGAAAAAUCCAGAACAGAGGCUUGGCCUUGCAUCUGGUCCAACAGAAAACCAAGUGCAUAAGGAACCACACCGGCCAUUUGAACUUUCUAAUAACACAGUUUCUGAUUCUGGUGAGCAUUCUAUCAGAUUCAGUACCGCGGGAGGCAGAUCAAUGGCUAUUCCUAGUGAUGCACUUCAACGCGCGAGAAGCCUUCUGGGUGAAUCUGAUAUUGUGGUUUCAACAAAUAAUAUAGUAGGCCGCCCUUUGGCAUCUGCAUGUAAUGUUGAGAUGCCAAAUUUAACUGUCGCCCCAAAAGGUGGACCUGAUUUAUCAAAAAUAAGUAGGGUCAAUGGAAAAACCGAACUUGCAACAUAUUCCCACCAGACAAUGUCUGAUAGGAAGCACACUGGAUCCUUUGAAAAUGCUGUACCUGCUAUCCCGGCGACUAACAAACAACCCAAUAUGUUUCAUGUUGGGAGUUGCUCAAUCAGUGAAAUUCCAAAGAUCCCGAAGCCCUCUUCCAUGCGUUUAUCUGAAACUGACAAUGCAAGUGACACUAAAGAUAAGACCCAGCGACUCCAUAUGCCAGCUGGACCGUUGGUUGACAUUAGUAACUUCAUGGGUACACAUUCUGGAAAUAUUGACCAUGCUGUUAAUGACAAGAGAAGAAUUGAGGGAAGAAACUCUGCAUCUUCCUUUAAACGCCCCCGCUCUUCCAGAUAGAUCCUUUGAUUUGCAUCCCUGUUAGCAGGCUGUAAACUCCUUGAGCCAUGCUUUUGCUAUGCCCUUGCUGACAAUGUGAGUUUGACACUGCAGGUGUUGUUUUGCAUGCUGGCGACGUUUAUUUAUGCAGCAGCCAGAAAAGGCAGUGGCUCUUUUUGACAGAUGGAUAUAAAUUUAUCUCGACAUCACAGUCCAGAGCAAGAUGAUUGUCUUCUAGCAGUAAGCUUUUCUUGCCUAACUGCCGGCGAUGACUGCUUUUUUCCGUUACGCCCUUUAUGGAAAAAGAGAAGGUUAUUUCUUAAGAAAGCUCACCAUGGAGUAAUGGACGCUGCUGCUUUUGGAAGCAAUGUAGAAAAUGUUGGAAAUUCUGCAGAGUUUGCUGUCCUCACUGGAUGCUCACUGGUAGUUGUUGAAAUGUGUAUUGUAGGAUGUAUAGCAUGCGCGUGAGUUCGUGUCCUGAUCCGGUUAAGUUAGGCUUGAUCUCCUCUGUACAGGCUGUAGUAAACGUCGAGAUCAAAGCCCAUAACGACUGGUUCGUAACUUCUGUAAUCUCCUGGCCUCGAACCUUUUUAUAACGUGCAUGCAUCCUUGCUGAUCGCAUACACUUCCACCUAGUUUUACAUGAUAAUCAAAGUCCUCUCUCUUCAA